CCACGUGGCAAUUGGCAAAGAUAGAGCGUAUGACAUCGGAGCAAGCAAACCACUCGCUAGGCUAGCUAUCAACCUUAGCAGCCAGGAAGCUGGGAUCGAGAAGCAAGGAGAGAGAGAGAGAGAGAGAGACAGCAUGGAAGCGCCGCCGCCGGCAACGUCGAGCACCGUGUGCGUCACCGGCGCCGGCGGAUUCCUCGCCUCGUGGCUGGUCAAGCUCCUCCUCUCCAAGGACCACUACGUCAUCAACGGCACCGCGCGACCUCCAGGUGAGGGCAAGAACGCCCAUCUGAAGGCGCUGGAGAACGCCGGCGAGAGACUGCGGCUGUUCAAGGCCGACGUGCUCGACUACGGCAGCGUCGCGGCGGCGAUCGCCGGCUGCGACGGCGUCUUCCAUGUCGCCAGCCCUGUCACCUCCGGCCGACCCACCAAUCCUGAGGUAGAUAUCAUCGCUACGGCUGUAACUGGGACACUGAAUGUGUUGAGAGCUAGCCACGAAGCAAAAGUGAAGCGAGUUGUGGUGGUUUCUUCAGUUGUCGCAGUGUUCAAUAAUCCCAACUGGCCAACGGGUGAGCCCUUCAACGAAGACAGCUGGUCAGAUGAGGAGACCUGCAGGAAGAAUGAGGAGUGGUACCCCUAUUACCUUUCCAAUACACUGGCAGAGCGUGAGGCUUUUGAGUACGCGGCAAAAACUGGGAUGGACAUUGUAACUAUCUGUCCGGCGUUGAUAAUCGGUCCAUUGAUGCAGCCUACAGUACCUACAAGUAUUGAAGUCUUCUUUCAUAUUAUAAAAGUAUUGGACUCGAGGCCAAGUUGCCCCAAGCCUGGCUGCGCCCCUGUUUCUAAUGCAGGAGACAACGAGACGGCUGGAAACAGACUCGAGACUCUGUUGGAUGUUCGCGAUGUUGCCGAUGCUAUUCUUUUAGUCUAUGAAAACUCAGGGGGAUCUGAACGAUACAUAUGCAGUUCAACUCCAAGAAAACUAAGUGAUAUAAUAAACACGUCAAAGAGCUUAUAUCCAGCUUUCAAUUAUCCCCAAAAUACAUGCCUGAAGUUGGAUGAGGAACAAAACACUAGGUUUAGUUCAGAGAAGCUUGAGAAGCUAGGUUGGACCUUCAGGCCCAUGGAGGAAACCCUCAGGGAUAGCUUUGAAUCCUACAUUGGUUUGGGGAUUCUGACCUGAGCGUCCUACUGGCACAACCUUAUGAAGAUUCUGUAAUCAGUGAUAAACAAUCAGCUGGAGAUAUAAUUUCGUUAAUGGAGGUACAUGAUUGAAGACUCAAACGUUCACCACAAUUGUUUCAAUGCUUAAGAACUCGUAUGAUGCAAAACCGUUAAAUAAUGUAAUAUCAGAAUUGAUUGUUUUCACAUAAUAUCAUAAUUGAACGCUCGUAGAUGAGGUACGUACUGUCACUUGAGAUCU